AUGGAUAGCAGUACAAACAUUCGUGUUGCGGUUCGUGUACGACCCUUUAACAAAAGAGAGCUGGAGCAAAAUCAGCGAAAUAUUAUUAAGGUUUUGGACCGCACAACUUUAAUGUUCGAUCCGGAUGAAGAUGAGGACGAAUUCUUCUUCCAUGGAACGAAACAAACUCACAGGGAUAUAACAAAAAGAUUAAAAAAGAAGCUAGCUAUGGAAUACGAUGAAGUUUUCGAUGCCGAAGCCACCAACGAGGACAUCUUUCAGCAUUGCACCAAACCGCUGGUGCAGUCUGUCAUGAAUGGUUACAACUGUUCAGUGUUUGUGUAUGGUGCAACUGGAGCGGGAAAGACAUUUACAAUGCUUGGUGCGGAAGACUGUCCCGGUAUAACAUUCCUUACUAUGAAAGACUUAUUUCGGCAGAUAGAGAUUUUAAGCAGUUCACGGAAGUUUGACAUAGGAAUCUCCUAUUUAGAGGUGUACAAUGAACUGGUCAUGAAUUUGCUAACAAAAUCAGGUCCGCUUAAACUACGCGAAGAUAGCAAUGGAGUCGUGGUGAGUGGUUUAGUGUUAAAACAAAUACACAAUGCGGAAGAACUUCUUGAACUGCUAGCUUUAGGAAACCUAAACCGAACGCAACACCCAACCGAUGCCAAUGCGGAGAGCAGCCGCAGCCAUGCUAUCUUUCAAGUGCACAUUCGAAUGGUAGAUAAAACCACAGGACAAAAGAAAACCGUAAAAUUAUCAAUGAUCGAUUUAGCUGGAAGCGAGCGUGCUGCUAGUACAAAAGGAAUUGGCAUAAGGUUCAAAGAAGGUGCCAAUAUCAACAAAAGUUUACUGGCUUUGGGCAAUUGCAUAAAUAAAUUGGCCGAUGGUUUGAAACAUAUUCCUUAUAGAGAUUCAAAUUUGACUCGCAUUCUUAAAGACAGCCUUGGAGGAAACUGCCAAACUUUAAUGAUCGCGAAUGUGUCCCCAUCGUCACUGACCUAUGAAGAUACGUACAAUACUUUAAAGUACGCCUCGAGAGCCAAAAAGAUUCGAACAACUCUGAAACAAAACAUAGUGCCAUCCAACGUACCUAAAGAGUUCCUAAUUAAAAAGGUAAAUGAACAAGCGGCAGAGAUAGAACGAUUGAAGGCUAAGCUCAAAGAAUUGGAAGAUCAAAAAGCGGCAGCAGCAGCUCCAGUGCCCGUUAACGUUGUACAGUUCGACGAGAUACUACUAAACACAUGGCGUUCCCGAAUCGACAAUUGUUUCUCAAUCGUUAAGAAAACACAGGAACAUUGCUUCAAUCUGCAGAGUAAGGAAAAACUGCUGAAUCUACGCGCCAAACUGAAAGAACAAGCGGAAAACAUAAAGAAAAUAUUCACGCUGGAUGGAAAACACCUUAAUGAGGACAUCACACGACUAGAAGCUUCGAUUGAUAGCUUUAAUAAACAAAUUGCACAACAGAAGGUGGAACUGGAUCGAUGGACUAAACGUUAUAAAGAUGCGUACAAAAGUCUCAAAACACUUCGCGCGGAAGUGGAAUCCUCUGAGCAAGCCAGCACUCUCAAUUCUUACUUUAAGGCAAAAGAACAAGAACUAGCAGUAGACAAAUCGCACCUUAAAAUGAUCCACGUUGUGAAAAUCCAUCAGAUCUAUGUCGAUGAAAAUCAGCAGUGGGAAAAAAUUUCUCGCCUUAGUGCAGAUAUUAUACAACAAAAUUAUUUAUUGCUGAGGAACAUGGACCGCUUGGACAACGCUACUCUGGAAAAAAUGAAAAAAUUGAUGCGCUUGAAUCACUGUCAACGAGGUGUUAAAUUCCCUGAUGAUAACGACAACGAUGAUCUGAUCAAAGAAGCUAACGUGAACGAUACGAGCAUGGAUGAUAUAACAGAUCUCUGCGAUUAUGCCGAAAAAGGAGACAAUGGAGAUUGUAAAGGUGAUGAUUUAGAACGAGACCUGGGAGUGAAACGGUUAAAAACCGAGGAUGCUGAAAAGGACGCCAAAAACCUAAAAAAUGAGGCUAACUUGGUUGAAUUUAAAAAGCCUAGACCUCUUCGCCCCUUGAAUUUCAAAACGCAAAGCUUAAGCGUAAAGACAACCGUUACACGAAAAACACCCACAAAAGCGCAGAAAACAACUACCGUUACGCAAUUUAAAGUCCCAAAACUAGUCUUGAGUGGUCCAUCAAAGCCAUCUAGUGCGAAAAAACGACCAAAUUUUUCCAGUUCAUCAACCUCAUCAAAUGAUGCCAGUGAUUACUCUGACGGCCCCGAUGAAAAUAGUGAAAAUGUAAACAGUACGUUCCGCAUCGAUUCACCCACACAUACCGCAAGCUCUCUGUUCUCAAACGUACUGGUUGAAAGCAAAUUGGACCCAAAAGUUCUGAACAAAGUACUCCGCAGAGCAUCAACAAAAGGGAACGUCAUUUCUAAGGUCACUUUAACGCUGAACAAAGAAAAUCGUAAGAUUAGUCCUAAACGUGUAGGAAAAAGUCCGAGGCCACUGAUGCGGACAACAAGCCGAACACAUACCACUGCUGCCAGCGUCAUCAAUCGGUAUAGAAUGUUGAAAGCUGGAGGUGCGGGUUCCUCAUCGACUGCUCGUCUUCCAAGUAGUACAAUUACAUCAACAGCAUCAAAACAAGCUUACGACAGUGACGUAGAACGAAAGGGCCGAGCUGGCAAAAAAUAA